GUCUAAGGCAAAGGGGGUGCGGCCUAAGUUUUUUGAAAAUUGCGGGUUAGCGGGCUAACUGUUAGUUGUCGAAUUGUUUAUUGGGGCAAAUACGUCUCACAGGGCUAUGGCGUCGUAUCAUUUAUCGAAACGUGAAGACCCCCGUUAUCAAUCGCCUGCAAAGAUAUUUGCGAGGCUGAAAUGGGAGAUUCAGAAAGAGGCGGAGGACAUUUCGGAGCAACAGAGACACGGAGCUGAUCGAAGAUGUAGCCUGAAAACAGACGGUGUGUACAGGGCUACCAGACCGAGAUACAAACCGUACCCUUCCGAGUUCUGUAGGAGCGAAGAGCUUUGGGAGAACAACAGGUUAGCUUGUUAUGAAGCCGAAGCGCAGCCGCUCGUUCUGUCCCCCACCUCCAGCCCUGAUCAGUCAGUGGAGCCCUGCAGCUCUGCCAGCCUGCGCCUUCCUCUGCAGCAAGAGGUCCCACUCAAUUACCCCGUUCCUGGAUCUACACGGAGAACCGGAUCCAUUGAGUCCACCACUUUUUCCAGGCCUGCUUCCGGGGUCUGCAGAGAUCAGAUCACAGCUGGCCUCAGCAGGACCCAGCCCAAAGAGAACUGGAGGGUUUUUAACAAUGAAGCUGUUCCUCUGAAUCCCAGAUCUCCAGACAGCAUGUAUUCCCCCAUGAGGAAAAGGCUGAGGAAGAGGAGACUGGAUCCACUUGAUUCCCAGAAUGCCAGAGGAACCAGCAAGGAGCUCAGUGAGGAUUUAGGUCCACCAGAAACCAGGAGAAAACCUGUCAUCUGGGACAGUGCACAGACCAUCACCUGCCAACAGGAUCUGGACCCCCUUUUUAUGGCGAACAUGGUCUCCAUGAUGUCUCCUGCCAAACAGUUUGCAAUGAUGAAGGAGAGUGAAAGUAAAAAGAAUCAGCAGCAGAUCCAGAGCAGCAGCAGAAGAGAGCUCUUUGGGAGGAAUGAGAGAGGCUUGAAGGAGUCCAGAUCCACUGAGGUUUCCACAAACCCUUACAUGGAUCGCCUCAAAGCAAUACCCCCAAUGAAUACCAUAGAACAAGUGGCUCCUGUGAAACAGAACCGAGUGGAGUCACCAGAGAGUCAGUCUGAAAUUUCCGAGGAUUCUCUGACCCCUGCUCCACCUUCACCGCGUGUUAUCCUGGAGGACCCGCUGAUACUCGACAGCCCGCAGAUCUCCAUCCCAAAGAAAGACAAAGAUGUGUUCAGACGCAACGUCUUGGCCUCGCAGAAGCAAUUCCCAUCGGAGAGUGUGAUUCGUCUGAAGAAGUGGUUCCUGAGAAGGAAUGGACGGGGCCUGUUUGUUGAUGGGAUCCACGUAGAGGAGAACAUACCGUGGAACAGCAACAUCAUCACCGAAAGGGUCGGCAAGUCGGUGCUGAAGACCGUCACCGGCAGGGUGUACAUCCUGGUCGGACAGAUGAACACGACCCCCGCCUCUGAUUUUCCGAGUUGGUUUCUGAAGAAGUUUGUGAAUGGCUUCCCUUCAAACUGGAAGGAACUUUUUCAGAAGUUUCUCUUGGAAUCCAAAGAUAGGCAUGCAGAGAGGAAGAACGAAGACACGGUUUUCUCAGCGAAGGGAUCAGAGCUCCCUUCCAGGGAGCAGUCUGUGAGGCGGCAGACACAGAGAAAUAUGAAUAGAUCCCAGCCGUGUCCUUCCUCCGGCUCCUCCACCUGCGUGACUCGAAGCGGUCGGGUGGUCAAACCCCCUCUGGAGUUCUGGAGAGGAGGGAGAGUCUUCCUGGAUCCUCAGAUGAACGUUACAGUCUACAGGGACUACUACUCCUCCUCCAGUCCUGAUGUUCCAGCGACUGCCUGCUCGAGGAGGUCCAAGAAGCCAGGCCCUGUCUUCUCCCCCUCCAGUGAUGAUAUAAACCAGCAAGAAUCAGAUAAAGGCGAGGAGUUCUCAGCCCCAGUGAGAAAGGUCAAGACAGACCGAAGACUGGACAGAGCUGCGGCUAAACAGGACCAGCACCCCACUGAUUCAUCGAACAGGGUCAUUGAUUGUCUGAGAGAGGUUCCUGGUAGAAGAAUGUCCACGCGGCAGCCUUUAGAUGCCAAAAGAGGACUGUGUGAGGGGUCAAAGAGACAAACGCGGAACGCCAGCAGGCCUCCAACCAGAAGGAGGCGAGAGAGUGCGAGGCACACAAGACCGGCGGCAGGAGUUGGUGUACCAGAGUCAGAUCACAGUGUUUCCCCCAAGCGUUCCCCAGAGCCCCAGAGAGAGAGAAGGAAGGAGCAGAAAAAUAAAACCAGAGCAGCGGCGAAGAGUAAGAAAGUACAAGAGAAGAAGAAAGAGGCCAAGCGCACCACAUCAUCCUCACCGCAGGAGCUUUCAUCACAGCCGACAUGGCAGAGGCAGCUGCGAAACAAAAGCAGCGCCAUUGUUCCACACGACAGAGACGUAGACGAGUGGACGGAGGACGAGAUCCUGAAGCUGGAGGAGGCUGUGCGCAGCUAUCCCAAACACGUUGCAGGUUACUGGGGGAAGGUAGCGAAGAUGGUGGGGACGCGAACGGCUGAAGAAUGCAACAAGUGGUGCGCGUCCCAAGGUGGGACCCAGAGUCCCGCCAAACGCACCAAGAAGGGGAAGGAGAAGGCAGCCAAACCUGCAGGCAACAGUGGAUCUGGGUCUGUUCCUCUGAUAACUGCGCGAGCCGGGACGCUGAAGAGAAAGCAGCAGGUGCGACAAUUUCUGGAGACCGUUCCCAAAGAAGACGUGAACGACGCUUUCAGCUCGACGCACAUGCAGAAGAAAAUCAUUGAGAUCCCCUCCUUUUGCUCGAGUGAAGAUCACGACAUUUCAGUGUCUGACCUGGAGCCUCAGACCCCCAUGUCAUCGUGUUUCCCUAAUGUGAAGACGCCCCGCUGUCUGGCCAUAACCCCCACCAUGGUGGACUCUUCCAACGGGAAUGACGACCGGUACGUCUACCAGCUGCAGAAGAGGAUGAGAAAGAAUCGGUUUGAUUUAUGCAAAGCCUCGUCUUCUCCGAGGAAGUACGCAGCCACACCACAGGUUAAGCGACCCAUACGGAAAUGUGGAAACACAGAAAACUUUAUCGUCUGGGAGACGUUACCCGGGGACAAGGGUGAGACAUCCGAAAGCGACGAGGAAGAGGGGGACUUCUACUUCUCAGACAACUGAUUUGAACUUCUGGAAUAAACGUCCAAUUCGUUUUCUUUCAGUCCGGUUAUAUGUUUCAAAUGAAAGUUUUUUU